AAAGUAGAAGCAUGCAUGCAAUGGAAUAAUCAAGAAAUAAUUGAAAAGAAGCCAUUCCAACGAGAAUGUUUAGAGCUCCUUGGGUAUGUCGACGGUGUAUAGAUUCAUCAUUGAAACCUGGUAAAAGGCGAUCAACGGCGUUCCCACGCUUCUCCAGCACCAUCCGUUAGUCUUCAAACUUACUCCUCCAUUCACAUUCUCUUACGCGAAGAACAGCAAACAAUGGCAGUACAUUUUCCCCAGCAUUACUUGCGCGAGCUCGUAACUUGGCAGCAGAGCAUGAUCGAUUAAGUAGCGAAACCUCCGAGUCAUUCAACGCGAAGAUUGCGAAACGAAUUGGAGAAUUACAGGACGUAGCGACAGCGCUGAAGAAAUGGGAAGAAACAAAAGACUCACUAUCAGAGCUAGAUGCAUUAUUGCAGGAUUCAUCCACAGAUGAAGAACUUCGAGAAUUAGCAGUCGAAGAUCUCGCCACCACGACCGCACAUCUCGAAGAAUUAUCUCGAAAUCUCACGAUCAGUCUUACCCCCAAACAUCCUUUCGCCGAACUACCAUGCCUCAUUGAAAUUCGACCUGGAGCUGGAGGGGGUGAAGCCGCCAUUUUUGCGGCGGAUCUGCUACGCAUGUAUAGAGCAUAUUGUGCGCGCAAACGAUUUCGCUCCACGAUCAUAAAAUAUGAAACCACUGAUGGUGAGGGUGCUGGCUCCGAUGCGCCGAUAUCCGAAGUCGUACUGGAAGUCGAAACACCCGGAUCCUACGAUUCUUUACGCGGCGAAGCGGGCGUCCAUCGAGUUCAAAGAGUUCCUGCGACGGAAAAACAAGGAAGAACACAUACUAGUGCGGUGAGUGUGAUGGUAUUACCUAGUUUCCCCACGACGGGACAGGAGGGGCAGGAAUAUUGGGAGGCAGAUUUGAAUGAUCCGAAUAGUGAUUAUUAUGUCAAUCCGGCGGAUGUAAGGACGGAUGUUAUGAGAGCGAGAGGAGCAGGUGGUCAACACGUUAACACGACUGAUUCGGCGGUUCGUUUAACGCAUGUACCUACCAAUACAGUUGUCAGUAUGCAAGAAGGGCGGAGUCAACUUCAAAAUCGACAAAAAGCGUGGCAAGUAUUGCGGUCCAGACUAGCCGCUGCAAAACGGGAGGCUAGAGAAGAACAAUUGAUCAAUUUGAGGAGAAGUGUGAUUGGAGUUGCGAAAAUGGGGAGAGGUGAUAAGAUUAGGACGUAUAAUUGGGGACAGCAGAGAGUCACUGAUCAUAGGAGUGGAUUGAGUGUGCAUAAUUUGGAUGACGUUAUGGAAGGAGGCGAUGAACUUGAUAAAGUCAUUGAUAGUGUCAGGGCUUGGUUUUCAGACCAGGAAAUCUUGGGGUUACUUGCUGAUGAGGAAUCUUCCAGGAAUACAGAAUAGACAGUGUGCUAGGGCAUACCGGCUGUAUAGAAGUGUCUUAUGCUCCCCGUGCUCAUCCAAAACCGCUGAUUCUCUGGCCUUGAUAAUGAUCAUUACUUUUAUAUGCGCUCAGCACGAAAUUCAAUGUUCA